CAGACCCCAGAGCAGAGACCCGGACCGCGCGAGAGACACCGUGAGCUCUGAGCACCCUCGUCUGCAAGUUGCUACCAUGGAGAUCAGCCGAGCUGGAGAGGCUCGGAGUAACGGCGAGUCUUGCACCACGUGGAGUGCGCUGUCCUCAGCGCGCACCUCCUCCAUCCGCAGCAAGUCGCCACAAGCAAUCCUGGCUCUCUUUGGCCCUCAAAUGACCCACCGGGAGAAGCUGGAGCUUGCCGCCAUACAGGAAGUAUGGUACUUUGCGCUCCGCAACAGAUCCCGGGGACCAAACAACGAUGGAUACGACGACCACGAACAUCAUUACAUUCCGGUCCAGCAUGAGCACCUCCACUACCGCUAUGAGGUGCUGAAGAAGAUUGGGUACGGAGGUCAAGGCCAGGUGAUCCGGUGCCUUGACCACAUGAGGAACACCCUGGUGGCCGUGAAGAUCUUGGUAUCACCAUUGAGCUCCAAGCGUGAUAAAUUUCAGAGAAUGGAGAUCAAGAUGGCUCUGGCACUUCAGGGCGAGGGCAGUGAUGAGGACUACAACGUCGUCAAAGUCCUGAAAUAUUUUGACUUCAGAGGACACCACUGCAUUGUCCUGGAGCUGUUGAAGGAGAGCCUCCAUGAUGUGAUUAAGGAAGCGGGGCUCCGGCAAUUGCACAUGGGGAUGGUGAAAACUUACACCAGGGGCAUCCUCAAGUUCCUUUGCCACACCAAGGCCAGGAGCAUCAUCCAUGCGGACAUCAAGCCAGAAAAUGUUCUAAUCAAGGAUACCGUGACCGGCACCAUCAGGGUCACGGACUUUGGCACCAGCUUUUUUGUGAAAAGUCAACCUCUUUAUGUUGGUGGGACCCGGCCAUUCCAAUCUCCGGAGGUAUUGCUGGGCUACAGAUUGACCUGUGCAGUGGACAUGUGGGCACUGGGCUGCACGGUGGCGGAGUUGGUGACCGGCAGGGAAUUAUUCCAGUCGGACAGCUGCGACGACCACCUCCCGUGCUGCAUGGAGAUCCUCGGGUUGCCUCCAAGAUGUAUGAUGGAUGCAGCUCCUGACGGAAUGCACUACUUUGAUCGUGUGGGCAUGAUGUUCUGCCCAGUCAAGAGAAGGGUGCCAGGGAGCUUGUCACUUCACGGGGCACUCAAUAGCCACGACCCGGAGUUUGUUGAUUUCGUCAGCUCUUGCCUGCGAUGGGAUCCGGAUUGUCGCAUGACGCCAGCGCAGGCGCUGGGUCACAGCUGGCUCCGGACCGCGGCCACCAGCACCACCAGCACCACCAGCAACGCCACCACCACUGCUACUCCUGGCAGUGUACAGUGUUUUGGAGCUGCUGAGCGACGAGCGGAGCCGGCGCUGCCCCCAUCCUCCGCGCUUGCCCAGGCCUCUAAAUGGCUGACGGUUGUUGUGGAGGAAGAGGAGACUCCGGUGGAGGAGCUGUUGGUGCAGGAGGAGGAGACCCUGGUGGAGGAGCUGGUGGUGCAGGAGGAGAAGACCCUGGUGGAGGAGCUAGUGGUGCAGGAGGAGGAGACCCUGGUGGAGGAGCUGGUGGUGCAGGAGGAGGAGACCCUGGUGGAGGAGCUGGUGGUGCAGGAGGAGGAGUCCCUGGUGGAGGAGCUGGUGGUGCAGGAGGAGGAGACCCUGGUGGAGGAGCUGGUGGUGCCGGAGGAGGAGACCCUGGUGGAGGAGCUGGUGGUGCAGGAGGAGGAGACCCUGGUGGAGGAGCUGGUGGUGCAGGAGGAGGAGACCCUGGUGGAGGAGCUGGUGGUGCAGGAGGAGGAGACCCUGAUAGAGGAGCUGGUGGUGCAGGAGGAGGAGAUCCUGGUGGAGGAUCUGGUGGUGCAGGAGGAGGAGACCUUGGUGGAGGAGAUGGUGGUGCAGGUGGAGGAGACAUUGGUGGAGAAGAUGGUGGAGAAGGAGAUGACAAGGACAGAGGAUCAGGUGAUGGUGAUGCAGGAGGAGAAGAGGAAGCGAGGGCGUCUGGCCCGCAUAGCGAGAACCAUCCGUUCACUCCUCCGACGCGUGCUGCUGUGUGGUGGCCGGUCCACCACACAGUAGAGGUGGUGGUGGUGGUCACGGAUCGUUGUGAACCACGACCACUAUCACCAUACCCACCACACACACCCUGCACCUAUUCACCCCCCUGUGAUACCCACUACCCACCGCACACCACACACACCCUGCACCCACCCACCCCAUGAUCCCAUCCCCACCACAUUCCACACAAAGGGUUAGGGGUUUAGAGGGUUAGGGAUUUAUAAAGUUAAGGGUUUAGAGGUUUCGGGUUAUUUCAGGGAUAAGGGGU